AUGUAUGUGUCCUACACUGUCAAAGAUCGUUUUAUCAAGAUGACAGCUAACAAAGAUAUCUCAAAACUAGGAAUAUGUACGCAACUCACGCUGGUGGGAAGAAACCCUGAACUGCAGCACGGAUUUGUUAAUCCGCCAUUGUACAAGGGCUCUACAGUCAUUCACACAACUUUGGAUGGCCUUGAGAACAAAAGGGAAAAGUUCUUCUAUGGGACUGCGGGCACCCCAAGCAUCGAAAACCUUGAAAACGCAUGGACCCACUUAACGGGAGCCGCAGGCACUCUUUUGUCCCCAUCAGGCCUUGGAUCGAUCGCGCUGGUGCUUUUGAGCGUAGUGAAGGCAGGAGACCACAUCUUGAUCUCCGAUAGUGUGUACCAGCCCACCAGACACUUGUGCGAUGGUCUGCUGGCGAAAUUCAAGGUUACUACUGAAUACUACGACCCGCUAAUCGGUGUCGGUAUCGAAAGGCUAAUCAGACCCAACACAUCGCUUAUCUUCCUGGAAAGUCCGGGAUCCCAAACCAUGGAGGUCCAGGACGUACCGGGUAUUGCUAAAGUGGCCAAGAAACACGGUGUCAAGACUGCCCUGGACAACACCUGGGCCACACCGCUCUUUUUCAAAGGCCACGCCUACGGAGUCGAUAUUAUAAUCGAAGCAGGCACGAAAUAUGUCGGAGGGCACUCGGAUCUGCUUCUUGGGCUGACCUCAGCAAACGCAGAAAGCUUCCCUGCGCUACGCGAUACCUACGAGGCAUUGUCCAUGUUGCCAGGUGCUGAAGACUGUUUGGCAGCAUUGAAAGGACUGCGGUACCUAAAACUAAGAGUAAAAGAAGCCGAGCGCAAAGCGUUGUUCUUGGCAAAGUGGUUGAAGAGCAGACCAGAGGUUCUCAAGGUUCUACAUCCGGCACUCGAAGACUGUCCUGGUCACGAAUAUUGGGCACGUUAUUUCGAAGGUUCUACCGGUGUCUUCACUAUACUAUUGCGUGAGGGGUAUAGCAGGAAGAACUUCGAGGCCAUGCUUGAGAAAACAAGUGUCUUCAAGCUCGGCCUCUCGUGGGGUAGCUAUGAGUCACUUCUGACAAGCGUCAAUCCUGUCUCCUACAGGACUGCGACAGUUUGGGACCACAAAGGAUAUGCAGUCAGACUUCAAGUGGGAAUGGAAGAUCAAGAUGAUUUGCAGCGCGAUCUUGAACUCGCGUUGGAUCGUUUAUCUGCGCUCCCAAAGUCCCGCUUGUGA